AAAGAAAAAAUCUUUCCAUGUUCUAUUCAAUGUUCAGAUCAGCAACCUAGCUAAUUCUUCAAUUUUGUUCGUGUUUAUCUUCUUUGGUGCGAUCUAGGUUAAAGGAUGAAGUCUGCAUAUGAGUUUGAUAUGUGUUAGAAAUGUACAGGGACAUAUUCUAUUUUUAAGGCUAGCUGAAAAUGACAUAUGAAGAGGUUCUGAAGGCCGUUUUUCCUUUACUGGAGGGUGUGGACCUUGCUUCUUGUAUGGUAGUGUCUAAGCAGUGGAGACACAUAGCUCGAGAUGAUUUCUUUUGGAAGUGCGCAUGCGCCAAGAGAUGGCCCUCUAUCUGCAAGCGACCUAACCCUCCAACUCUAACAUAUUACAAGCUGUAUCAAACCUUUUAUAAGCGCCGGCCUGGUCGAAUUCUUCUUCCCCCAAGACUUUCCUUUGAUGACCUGGAAUUUUUCAUCGAUAUCUGGACAGAAGAUCGAUUUAUCUUUUCUGAAGUGGUCCCAGGCCCAAUCCUACAGAACGGUAUUAAAAUCCCACCACCAGGAGUAUGUGACAUGCUUAGAUUGCACAUGGAGAGCUCCGAGUACAAGAUGAAAGUCCCUGUUGAGCCAAGGUUCACAGUUCCUUUGAGCCAGACCGUGAAUGUUUCAGUGCUUGUGGGGCGCAAGGAUUCUAAUAAGGUUGCUUGUAUACUUAAUAAAUCUAUGUUUGACUACAUUGAUCGAACAGCAUAUAGAGCCAUGGCAAAUGACUACCUUGACUUCUCACCGGUCUACCCAUUCACUACGGGUAUCCGGGCAUGGAUCUCUUUGCUUUUCAUGGACAGCGGAAAUGAAGGAGUUGUUGAUGUCUUUGGGAUUGAAAUGGAUUUCAUGGAUGCUGCAAACUCGAAGGAAGAGGUUUUGUGGCUAUUAGACAUGCUUGAUUGGAAGUGAAGGUUUGACUUGAAAGCCAAUGCAAAUAAAAAAGAGCCACCAAAUUGGAUGCAACAAUGAUGUUUUUGUCUUCUACAGUUCAGUUGGCAUGCUGAGGCUGCAUAUGGAACGCAGUGCAACGCUCUCAUUUCCAGUGACAACACUUUGCUUUAGUGGUAUCACUUUCUUCGUAUGUUCAAAGUUUGUACAUACUUGUUUUAUUCAUUACCUUUAAAAUUAUGAACCUCAUUUUUUUUGCUCUGCAUUGAAGUAUAUUUCAUUUGGUCUUAUGAACAAUGUGCUGAGCAUCAGGGUAAUUUUGACUACAAUUGAAUAGCAGAUCUUUUUUCAUUUA